CCUCUACCUGAUCACAAGCAUGAUACUUGGGGCGUCCUCUUUCAUUUUGAUCAUCUCCAUGGCGACGAUGAUCGAAGCAAGGGUGCCAACGACGGUAACGAUAAGAGAUGUGGAUACGACGACCGAUGCAUCGGCAACAACGGUGCCAACGACGGUAACGAUAAGAGAUGUGGAUACGACGACCGAUGCAUCGGCAACAACGUUGACGAGAACUGAGGCAGCAACGGCGCUGUUGCCGGCAGCAACUACAACGGAGGCGGCGACAAUGCUCGAUGAGUCGGCGCAAAAUGAAGCUCGACUGUUCGGCUUAGUGGCAAGAACAACUACAGUGUUAACAGCUGUAUCCUCUACCACCUCCACCAAGACCUGCAUUGUCCUUCGAACGCCCGCUUUGUGUCGCAAACGCCGUUACCUGGAAGUUCAACCAACUCUGUCGACUGAGGAGAAUUUGACCGGAGACGUCGAGCUCUCCGGCUCCAUGCUGGACUCGAGUCGUCCUGACGAAGAAAUCGCUGACAAAUCCCCCCGCGGGUUUCUGACUUUCUGGAGAGCAACCACAUCAACGGUUGUGCUGACAUCCAACAUAACCAGCUUCCAUGCCCCGAAUAAUUUCGAAGGCCUUUUGCGUAAUUUAAUGUGCACAGCCACCCUCUGCGUAAACAAUUAAGUGAAUUACGAAAAAUACAUAUCUAUUGCACUCUAGCAUGUUAUUUGAGCCCACAUCAUUAAAAUAUUCUUUGAUUGCUUACUAAUAUUGCUAUAAGAGAGAAUGGACUUCAUGUGAAGUUUACUCUUUACCUACCAUAACCAUAAAAGAAAAUAUAUUCAUAAAAAUAAUUUCGGUAAGAUCCUAUUACAAUAGCAGAAAAUAGUAACACUAAAUCAAAGAAGUCAUCUAAACACAAAUUAUUUAAAUUAAUUGUGGAUAAUUAAUUUUAGGAGAUGAACUUGACCAAAAAUCCUCGUUGCGUAAUAAGGCAAUUUCCAAGCUUCGUCUGUAACAUCCAGAUGGGUAUUUUCGGUCAGCGU